AUGGCGGAUUUCGUUGCGCUUGAGGAACAGGACGGGCUCCGCCUGUCCUGGAAUAUAUGGCCAAAUAGCAGGAUAGAGGCGACGAAGGCUGUUAUACCAUUUGCAUCUCUUUACACUCCAAAUAAGAGGAAAGCAGAUCUCCAGGUGUGUCCAUAUGACCCGGUGCUGUGCAAAACCUGCGGCGCGGUCCUCAACGGGUACGCACAGGUCGACUUCAAUGCUGCCCUGUGGGGCUGUCCCUUCUGCCACACGAGGAACCACUUCCCAUCGCAGUACAGGGGGAUCAGUGAGCAGCAACAACCCGCGGAGCUCUAUCAGGAGUACAACACGAUUGAGUACAUCCAACAGCAGGCCAAGCCGGUGAUGCCACCAGCAUAUGUGUUUGUGGUGGACACCAGCGUGGCAGAGGACGAGCUCAGAGCCUGCGUGGCCUCCCUCUCCCAAGCUCUGACCACCCUCCCAGAGUAUGCCCAGGUGGGGUUGGUGACUUUUGGGACGCAUGUGCACGUCCACGAGCUGGGCUUUGCCGAGUGCGCAAAGUCAUACGUCUUCCAGGGGUCGCGCGAGUACACCCCCCAGCAGGUGGUGGAGCAACUGGGCCUGGCCAGCAAGAUGCCUGCCCGCAAGGGGGGCCCCGGGCAGCCAGCGCUGCCCAUGCCGUCCUCCCCGGGCAGCCGCUUCAUCCUGCCCAUCUCCGAGUGCGAGUUCACGGUCAACGCCGUCCUAGACGAGCUCCAGCGCGACGUCUUCCCCACCCUCUCAGAGCACCGUCCCAGCAGAUGCACCGGCACCGCCCUCCAGGUGGCGGCCAGCCUGAUGGGCGCGGCGCUGCAGCCAGGCAUGUGCGCGGCUCGGCUGAUGCUGUUUGUGGGGGGCCCCUCCACCGAGGGGGCCGGCAAGGUGGUGGAGAAGGAGCUGUCCGAGCCCAUCCGCUCGCACGAGGACCUUGCCAAGGACAGGGCGCCCCACUACAAGAAGGCGAGGCGGUUCUUCGACGGCGUUGCCUCCCAGCUCGUCCAGCAGCAGCACUCCCUCGACGUCUUUGCCUGCGCCCUUGACCAGGUGGGCCUGGCGGAGAUGAAGCCGGUGGUGGACAUGUCUGGCGGCAUGGUGGUGCAGACGGACACCUUCCUCAACCCCGUAUUCAAGGAGUCCUUCAAGCGCGUCUUUGUGGCCCCCGGCGACCCCGGCUCCCUCAACAUCGCCUCCAACGCCACCUUCGAGGUGAUACCGUCGAGAGGGGUGAAGAUCGCUGGGUUGCUCGGCCCUGCAGCGGCCAUGGACAAGAAAAGCUCCAGCAUCGCAGACACCCACGUGGGCAUUGGGGGCACCAACCAGUGGAGGCUCGCAGGCCUGGAUGCGAGCACGACCCUGUGCACAUUCUAUGAGAUAACACCGCAGAGCAAGGAGGCGGCAGGGCAGGAUCCGCACACCUCGCAGCAGUUCUACAUCCAGUUUAUCACCCGCUACCUGCAUGCUGACGGCUCCCACCGCAUCCGCGCUACCACCUUCACCCGCAGGUGGACGGACGGCAGCAAUCUGGGUGAGCUGAUGGCAGGCUUUGACCAGGAGGCGGCUGCGGUGGUGGUGGCGCGACUGGCCACCUUCAAGAUGGAGACCGAGGAAGACUUCGACGCCACUCGAUGGAUCGACCGCACGCUCAUCAGGCUGGCAUCGAGGUUUGGGGACUACAGGCCCAACGACCCGGCCUCCUUCACCCUCAACGAGAACAUGGCCUUCUACCCGCAGUUCAUGUUCAACCUGCGCCGCUCCCAAUUCGUCCAGGUGUUUGGCAACUCGCCGGAUGAGACGGCCAACUGCCGGCUGUCGCUGAACAAGGAGACGGCGCAGGAGGCCACCGUCAUGAUCCAGCCCUCCCUCUUCUCCUAUCGUGCUGCCGGUGCAUGCGCACAGGUGCUGCUGGACGUGACGUCGAUAGCGCCUGACCGCAUCCUGCUGCUGGACUCCUACUUCUACGUCGUGGUCUUCCACGGCUCCUCCAUCGCGCAGUGGCGCAAGGAUGGCUUCCACCUCAACCCAGACCACGCCCACUUCAAGGAGCUGCUCGAGGCGCCCAAGAGGGAUGCGUCCUCCAUCUUGCAGCGCCGAUUUCCGGUGCCGCGGCUGGUUGACUGCGACCAGAAUGGCUCCCAGGCGAGGUUCCUGCUGGCGAGGCUGAACCCAUCCAGCACCUACCAGUCGCAGCAGUCCAUGUCAGCCGAGGUCAUCAUGACUGAUGAUGUGUCGCUGUCAGUCUUCACAGAACACCUCACCAAACUGGCCACCCAGUCCUGA